CUACCGGGGUUCCCAGAUAACGGGACUAUCUUGACGGACGCACACGCACACACAGACGGAUGGUGAUGGGACAGAGCCAUCGGGCUGAAAUAGUCUUAACGGGUACCGUGUUGUUUUCUUUCGUUCAGUUUUGACAUUCCGAACACUGUUGGUUGUUUAUUUAUUUACGUAUUUAUUGAUUUAUCGCGUUUUAAUUAGCGGCUAGUGAGUGAACGCGAAGGGGGAGGGGCGUAUUCAGCCGCUGCGUAGAUUUAUACGUGGUUAUAGCCUAUUUACACCAAACGAUUAUACUGUAUGUUUUAUGUAUUAAAAUUAAAAAUGAUGCUUGGUAUGCAUGUGAUGUGCGUGAGAUUAACCACACAGUAGGACAGCUAGAAACCAAAUAGAGAAACCAAAUAUCUUGUUGAACAACUGUAAACUGUUAAAAAGCAAACCCUGCCAGCAGCCGCGAGUCGAUUGUAAUGAACCGAAUAGUUUUUGUAUUUUGACGCGAACUGGAUUUUGGACUCACGAUUUGUUUGCAAAGAAAAACCAAAGUGGUCCAGAUCGCAGCGCGCAAGGCCGUUGUGACGUUUACCGUCCGCACACCUGGUCUCGCGCGGGAUACGCAAAACACUGGAAAAGCGACGAGCUUCUGCUAUUAAGAAAAGUCAGCUUUGAAUUAACAACAGCGAGUCGAAUUGGCCUGCUUAUUAACAGCAUUGUAAGCAGAGUAGUUGUUAAACCUUCAGAGAGAUAAAACACACAUUACGUGACCACAAAAUCUGUCUUCGAGCUUGAAAGAUUCCCGACUAUCCGUCUGUGUGUCAGUCCGAGAUAGAGCAUCACUGAGAGAGCCGUAAUGACAGAAAUGCACAAUACCAAAAAUGUAAAGAAAGCUUAAGCCAUUUACUUGUUAUAAAUUAUCUAACCAAAAAAGAAAACCACAACCAAAAUAGUCUACGUGACAAAAGCAACCAAAGAAGAAGGGAAGAGCAGACUGAAGACAAGUGCCAAAUCAUCGAAACCAUAGAAGAAAAGCCCAGACGACAGCGGAUCAUGUUUGUUCCCUUGCCGGUGCCGUUAGUUUUUCAGAGAACCGCUCCAGACUUCGGCGCCUGGCGACUCAAGUCUCCGCUGCCGCUGCGUUCCAGUAACUCCGAUAUCAGGAUGUCUAAAGCCGUAGUGGAUGACAAGACGGGAGCUGAGCUUCUAGUGGACAGUACAGACUCUGAGAGGAACAGUCCAGAAGCCAGUGAUCAGACCCAGCCAAUGAAAACAAGCCCUUUCUGUCUGUCUCCUGCCCCCAGCAACACAAAGACUAAAGCAGAGGAAGCUGCUGAGAUGGCCAGUGUUCAUGGUCCUCCACCUCCACCAGCUCAGCCGGCUCUACAACAUACACAACUCAUGCUGGCAGGCAGUCAGCUUGCAGGACUGGCCGCUCUGCUCCCUGCUCACCAGCAGCUGUUGUUGCAGCAGGCUCAGGCCCAGCUGUUAGCUGCGGCCGUGCAGCAGUCCAACGCAGCGCAUGCCGCCCACGCAGCUGCGGCAGCCAAUCAGCAGCAGCAGUCGCAACAGCAGCAGGCCAAUCAGGCAGCCGCACAAGCCCAGAACCAAGCCAAAGCCGAGCAAGCCCCUCCUCCACUAGCCCUAUCGCAGCCUAUCCAGCUCACUGCCCAGGACAUCCAGCAGUUGUUGCAGUUACAGCAGUUGGUUCUAAUGCCCGGUCACCAUCUUCAGUCUCCUGCUCAGUUCCUGUUGCCUCAGGCUCAGCAGGGCCAGCAGGGUUUGCUUUCGACAUCAAAUCUGAUUUCACUACCUCAGCAAAGCCCAGGGAGUCUGUUGACCCCCCCACCCAGGCUGGGGCUCCAAGCACAGUAUCAUCUUGACGACAGACUGUGGUCAUUGCAGAGGGAGAAGAGCGUGGAGAGCAUUGUGAGCACCGCCCCAUGCUCAGCACCGCCCCUGACCUCCGUUGCUGCGGCGACGCCACAUCCCGAGGAGCCCAGCGAUUUAGAGGAGCUUGAACAGUUUGCACGAACCUUCAAACAGAGGCGAAUAAAACUGGGUUUCACACAGGGGGAUGUCGGCAUGGCCAUGGGUAAACUGUACGGCAAUGAUUUCAGUCAGACCACCAUCUCGCGCUUCGAGGCUCUCAACCUGAGCUUCAAGAACAUGUGCAAACUCAAACCCCUGCUGGAGAAAUGGCUGGGCGACGCAGAAAACAUGGCGAUAGACAACAUGCUGCCGAGUCCCAGUUCUCUGUCCUCACCUCUGAUGGGCUUUGAAGGGAUGCCUGGGCGACGCAGAAAGAAACGCACCAGCAUCGAGACCAACGUCCGCAUAGCCCUGGAGCGCAACUUUAUCUCGAACCAGAAGCCUACCUCUGAAGAAAUCCUUCUGAUGGCCGAGCAUCUCAGCAUGGAGAAAGAGGUCAUCCGCGUCUGGUUCUGUAACCGACGGCAGAAAGAGAAGCGCAUCAACCCCUCCAGCGCCACGCCCCCCCUGCCCAGCCAGCCCCCGGCACACACGCACAAAACCCCCUGCUAUAGCCCGCACAUGAUGACCAGUCAAGGACUAGUCUCGGCCGCCACCAACCUCAGCACAACGGCCAUCAGUCCCACAGCAUCCUUGGCCUGCCCUGUCAAUGCCAGUGGACAUGCAGCAAUGAGCUCCGCCCCUUCCUCUGCGACCCCGCCUCCUCUCAGCACAGUUAGCCCCUCUCCACCCAAUCUCAGCAGCCCUGGUCUGAACGCAGGGAACACUAUGAUGGGUGUAAGCACAGGAAUGAACCAGGCUCUCAUCAGCAACAAUCCUCUGGCCACAAUGCAAGCUCUAGCUGCCAGUGGUGGUCAGAUACCCCUUUCUGCUCUUGACGGCAGCAGCCAGAUGUUCCUGGGUAGAGCCGGAGGUCCAGGAGCUGGACUUCGCCAAUCCCUCUUCCUAAACCGCCCCACUUUGCUGCCUCUGGCGACGGGUAUGGGCAUGGGGCUGGUUAGCAACCCCAGGGCUUCUCCGCACCCCGGCGGCAGCGGUGCGAGCCCAGACUCGUGCUCCAUCUCCCCCUGCUCAAGCCCCGCCUCCUUCUGCUCAUUAGGCGACGCUUCGCCGCCCCAUCUGGGCGGAGCUAUGGCUGAGUGACGCCCACAACCUGCUGGACUUGAGGGGAGUCAGAGGGGCGGAAGAAACACGACAAACAAAACUCGCCUUUUCAACCAAAGCCAUCUCUCACUUCCCUCCAUUGCUCUCCUUUGCUCGCUCUCUCAUCAAGUCUUUUAAUGCCAAAAAUACAGUUAGAUGGAGGGAGAAAUGAGCAGAAGAGAAUGGGAAUAAGGAGAGAAUAGGACGAUGGGUGGUCUGUUUAAACCAAAAAAAUAAUCUUUACGCCGUGGAGAGGUGGCUACACGGAGCUACUGCGAGAAUGUACAUUUAUUCCUUCCUGAAUGGAAAACAACUAACUUACAUGAACUGAUACAAUUGAGGGCAGGGUCAAGAGCCAAAAAACCUUCAUGGUGGAAUAAGGAAACAACAACAAAAAAACGGGUGGCAAAGAAAGGACAUCUGACAAGUGUCACUGGAUGGUAGAAGGAGAAACCAAAAAAUAAAUAAAACAGAAGAAGAAUGGAGAGACUCACAAAGACAAAAAAUGACAAAAAUGCCAAAUACCAAAAACCAAAACCAAAAAUCGGAGAGAAAAGCUUUACCUAAGACUUUGAAACCUGACUUGUCCAGGAUCAGAUCAACUCUACACAACACCAAAAACGUCCUAUACAUUUACUUUCCAUGCACUCCAUAUUAUUAAUGAUGGCCUGUCAAUUGUUUUGUUUCUUCUUUUAAACUGUUUGUAAAUGUCUUUCUCAAUCUACCUCUGCUCAUUCUUUUUCAUUCCAUUAUCACCGAUGAUCAAUAUUCUUCAUUAUUUUUCCGUCAGCCUUAUUUAACCCGAUAACAAGAGUUUGGAGGGAGUUUUGAAAUACCUCCCAUAUCUGCCUUUUAACAGUUUCGCGCCAUUCCUCAAGCCAAAAACACACACAUACACUGAAACUGUGAGACAGGUCACUGAUUUUCCUCCGCCCUUUCUGUCAUUGGUCAUUUCAUUUCUGCAUCCGUUCAGAACUCAUCCAUGCCUCAAACUUCGACUCACUUUCUUGGAUACCAAAGCAUUUGUCUGACCUUUUGCGUCAGCGGAAAAGUGCUCAGACGACGAGACCUCAAACGUGUCGAAAACCAAACCGACGUACGAUAUUAACAUUAGAAUCCCCUUAGCCCCCAAAACCCCUGCCCUCCAUCUUCUCUGAAGCCCUGUGCCUCUGAAACACAGGAUCAAAAGGACGGACGAGCGAAACCAACGUCAGGCCUGAGGAGCAGAAACUGGGCAAACCACAACCGUGCUGCAGAGGGGGGCCGUUAAAUCUGGGACGUGUGAUGUCGCUUUUUCAGUUUUCUGACACCAAAAAUGAAAACAAAACCAAUUGACAAGCGAACUUAACUUAAUUGAAUGGAACAAAAUGAAACCAAAUACUUGGAGCGGACGUAGAGGAGGUGAAGCAAGAUGGAAUCUUGUCAGUCACAGACUGAGGUCGAUGUGAUAUUGAAGUGAGAAAGCUCGACGUGGCUCGGACUCGGAGAUGGUUCCAUCAUCUCCUCCCUCCUUUCUGUUCGAUGCUUUCAGUCUCCUUCCUGGACGGGAGAAUCUCUAUAAACCUCAUCGAACUGAACUUCAGUAUAUAUAAAUAUAUAUAUAUUGUUUUAUUGCUUUUUCUCUUGGUCUGUCUGUUUAUGCUGUAUGACCUUGUCUCAUUCCUUUAUAUUUUUGGGAUAAUGGGGUAAUGUAUUGCCUAUUUUCAUAUUUCGUGUGUUUCGUCAUUUUGACUUUGUCGUGCUGGGGAGUUUCCCCUCAUCAGGCGGUUUGAAACAAUACUGUGAAAAUGUAGCUUCCAAGUUUUGCUUGGAUCGAGAAUGUGAUAAGCCAAAAGUGAAAAAACCAAAAGCGAAACGCGUUUCUUUUGACA